AUGGACCAGGAAUUUUCAUUAGUUAAAAACCUUGAGACGCAGCUAAAGAGACUAUGCAACGAGAUUGUAGACCUCGAAGAUACAAAAAAUGAAAUGGAGCUGUUAGAGUAUCAAGAGAUGAAAGCUGAGUUUCUAGACCAAAGCAAGGAAUUCACAGAGACAUUAGAAAGGAUGAAUAAAGGAGAUUUGAGUGUUAAUAACAGAGUUACAGUACUAAAGCAUGAACUACGUAAUGUUAUUGCUAAAUCCUUUAAUACACUAGAGAUUAUCAAGAUUUUUGGAUAUAAGUUAGAAGAUGAGCUUGAGAAGCAGUUGAAUUCAUUAAAUGAGGACUAUAAGUUAAAGAGAAUCGGUAAAGAGGAAAUGGAAGUAAAAAGACUAGAAAUUUUGAACAAAUUAAAACAUCAGAAUGAGCACAAACUUACCAAGGAAGACUUGGACUUCUUAGAGUCUAAAUCACGACAAGAACUGUCUCAACUCGAUUUUCUUGAAUAA